CUCUCUCUCUCGCUCUCUCAAUAAGCUCAAAACACUAAAAAAAAAAAAGUCAGAAAAUUUUAAAGUAAUCAGAUAUUUCAGUGCUUUUUGUGGCGUUUACGUCAAGCUGUGAAAGUCUUACACAUUUGUACAUUACAAUGUGAAAAAUCAUAUUCUCAGCCUGAGGGCCGAAGCUUCCGCCUCUCUCACUCUUUUUUCCAAAUCCAAAAACAAAACAAAAAAUGGGUUCAGACAAAGCCUCCGAAGUCUCUGUUAUUACAUUAGGAGGCAAGGGCUCAUCUCUCUCUUCAUCUUCACUCUACGCCAUUGCCACCGGUUUCGCUUCGCUACGACUCGACUCCUCUGCACUCGAUAGACUCUCACCCCCCUCCUCCAACCAGGCCUCGCCACCUGUCCAAUCCCAAUUCCCCAUCCCCAAAACCCUAUCCCCUCUCGAACUCCGAGCAUUCCUCACCGUCCUCCUCUACAAGCUCCUCCGCUCCGAUCACUCCACGCUCCUCCCCAUCCGAAUCUCCGAAGCCCUCAACAAAUUCAACAAUUCCCAACUCGAAUUGGGUUCGAUCGAAUUCAGCAAAGAGGAAGCGUCAUUGGUUGAAAAAUUGUGUCCGUCGGGUUUGUUUGGAGUUUGCGCUGUGUUGGAUCACGAAUCGGCGGCGUUGUCGGUGGUUUCCGAUGCGGUGGCUGCAUUGUCGUGCGAGGCCAUUAAGGCCGACGUGGCGGCGGUGUUCAAUUCGAUGGAUUCCGGUGAUGGGUUCUCGGCGAAGGAGGAGGUUGGGGUUGCGAGUGAUAUGAAGGUUUUGCUGAAUGGGUCGAAGUUGGUUGGGAAGGUUGAGAUUGAUUCGGUGUCGAAAAUAGCUAAAGUUCAUGGGAGUUUGAGGGAGAUUGUGAAGUUGGUGCAUUCCAAGACAAGAAUUGAGCUGAAUUCGAAGGAUUUGGGUUCGGGUUCGGGUUCGGGUUCGGAUGUGAGGAUUGUGCUGUAUCCAUUGGCAGCAGCGAUUAAUGAAUUGGGGGAGUGUAGUUUGAGUCGCGUGAAGGCGAAUUUGGAUUCAAUUGGUAAUGAAGGUGUGCGGUCGAGCUUGGUGGGUUUGUUUGAAGGGAAAUGUGCUAGUGGUGAGAGCUUGAGAAAUGGGUUUAAGUUAGUUUUGGAGCUGGGUUUCGAAAAGGAGUACGAAAAGUUUGUGCACCAAGUGAAUGUAUUGUUGGGGAUGGUGUGGAAGAUUGUGGCGUGGGAGGCAAUGACGGGAUUUAUCGCCGUCGAGGGCGUGGAGUGGAGUGAAAAGAGUGGGAGUAGUGUUGAGGUGAAUGGAGGAGUAGGAGGAGGGAAUGUGAAGGGGGAUAAGAAGGGUGAGAAGAAGAAGAAGAAAGUGUUGUUGGGGAAAGGGACUAGUGUGAUUGUGCAAUUGAUUAAGGAUAGGUUGCAGGGUAAGGCAGGUGAUGGGAUUGAGAAAUGGGUCGAGGAUCUUUUGUUGUUUUUGGACCCAAAGGACCGGGAGUUUGAUAGCUUGUUGAAGAAACUAAAGGAGAUUGUAGAAACCAAUGAAAGUAGAAGAUUGCCCAAGCUUCCAAAGGGUACUCGUGAUUUUGCGAAAGAACAAAUGACAAUAAGAAAGAGAGCAUUUUCAAUUAUUGAGGAUGUUUUUGAGAGACAUGGUGCUACCGCGUUGGAUACUCCAGCGUUUGAACUGAGAGAAACUCUCAUGGGAAAGUAUGGGGAAGAUUCAAAGUUGGUAUAUGAUCUGGCUGACCAGGGUGGAGAACUUUGUUCUUUGAGAUACGACUUAACCGUACCAUUUGCUAGGUAUGUGGCUAUGAAUGGUCUCACAUCAUUUAAAAGGUACCAGAUAGCUAAGGUUUACAGGAGGGACAACCCAUCUAAGGGAAGAUACCGUGAAUUUUACCAGUGCGAUUUAGACAUUGCAGGCCAAUAUGAAAAAAUGGGGCCAGAUUUUGAGAUUGUUAAAAUUUUGACAGAACUCCUUGAUGAACUGCAAAUUGGAGAUUAUGAGAUAAAAUUGAAUCAUCGGAAGUUACUUGAUGGAAUGUUGGACAUAUGUGGAGUGCCACCGGAAAAAUUCAGAACCAUAUGUUCAAGUAUUGACAAGUUAGAUAAGCAACCUUUUGAGCAGAUAAAAAAGGAAAUGGUGGAGGAGAAGGGCUUAUCUGUUGAGACAGCAGAUGAAAUUGGCACUUUUGUGAAGGAAAGGGGACAGCCUUUGGAACUAUUAUCUAAGCUUAAGCAGCAGGGCAGCAAGUUCUUAGGACACAAUGGAUCUGCUGAUGCACUGAAUGACCUAGAGAUUUUAUUUAAAGCUCUUGAAGUGUCAAAGUGUAUUGACAAAGUGGUUUUUGACUUGAGUCUUGCCAGAGGCCUUGAUUAUUAUACUGGAGUCAUAUUUGAGGCUGUUUUUAAAGGCGGUGCACAGGUUGGUUCAAUUGCUGCUGGUGGACGUUAUGACAACCUUAUUGGUAUGUUUGGUGCGAAGCAGGUUCCAGCAGUUGGUGUUAGUCUUGGAAUCGAGCGGGUAUUUGCUAUAAUGGAGCAGCUACAGAAAGACCAGAGCCAGGCACCACGUGCAACAAAGACUGAAGUCCUAGUUAGUAUACUGGGGGAUGACUUGACUCAAGCUGCAGAGCUGGUAAGUGAGCUGUGGAAUGCCAAAGUGAAAGCCGAAUAUUUUGUUAAUAAAAGGGUGAUGAAGCACAUUGACCGUGCUAGAGAGUCAAGGAUCCCGUGGAUGGUUAUUGUGGGUGAACGGGAAAUGAAUGAAGGGAUUGUUAUAUUAAAAGACAUUGAGGCUGCUAAAGAAGAUAAAAUUCCUAGAAGUAGUCUUGUCGAAGAACUUAAAAGACGGUUAAACCAAUGAAAUUAAUAUUUGGCCGAAAGGCACAACUCCAAGCCAGAUUUCCAUUCUAACUUGGUAAAACACCCUGUUUUUUUUCUAGACAUGCUUUUCAUUGUUUGUAUUCGUUAUUUCUUAGUACUGGAAAUUGAAGAUGAUAGGUGUCAUAUAAAAGGUCUAUAGAGCACCAGGAUUUAUUUUUGUUAUAGAUUUUUGUAAUUUUAUCUGGUGCUUUCGAUUUUACAGUGCCAUGCUAAUGAAAUACUAUGAUGGCCAUACAUGAAAUAUUUGAAUGUUUAAUUGCAA